CAGCGUAGCCAUUCCUCGACGCCCCGCCUUUCGACUUUCACCCUUCAUCGUGAUGUUCGCUCUCGGAUGGACCGUUCCUUUCUUGGCUCUCUCUACGCCGAUCAUGGCCGCACUCCUCGGUCGUCAACCUGAGAUUCCUGCAUCGUGCGCCGGCUUGCCUCAAGGCUCGCUCGGCUCGCUGUCGUACAACUUCACGUUGUCUGCGUAUAGCCCUAAUGCGAACCCCACGGGUGUCCCGCUCGUACUUGCGUUGGGGCCGCCUGGUACGAGCGCUGCGGCGAGCGAAUGGGUCAUCGCGACCGCUGAAACCGCAGGGUCUGACAACUGGCCGUACUGGACCAUGGUCAACGGCGUGCUGACUCCUCAGCCGGGCCCGAAUGAGCAGGGUCUAGGUGCCUACGCUGUUGCAGUCGACCAGGGCGAUGAAGUCAUCUUCACUGUGACCACAGUUGAGUCAAAUCCGAACCCAGCUGACAUCUACUGUGGUGCGGUACGUACCUGAGAUACCCAACUGCGAAGUGAACGUCACUGAUGCUGCUUCGCACAGGAUGAUUCCGGUGAAUACCUGGUGCUUUCUGUCAACAACAACCCCGACGGCUUCUCGCUAUGCACGGCAACCGACGACUACAGCCAGAAUGUAGUUGUCUACGAAGCCGAGCCG